CACUAAAUACCAUUUUUUAAGCUCUUCAGAUUUACAAAAAUUAAGAAUGUGUCUCAUAUUUGUUUGGACUUCCAUUUUCUCCAGUGUUAGUGGAGUUUAGUUUCUUGUCAUAUUUUCAUCUUGUGUGGCCUCUCCGAACUCACUGUUCAUAUCUUUUGCCCAUUUUGUUAGGAGUGUAUCUUUUUUCAUGUUGAAUUGUAGAAUUUCUUUUUUCAUUUUAAACAUAGGCCGUUUGUGGCUUGUACAGUAAAAUUGUAACUAGCAAAAUGUCUGAUUGGAACAUUCUACUCUCUGUGCGGGAUGAGAGUUUAUUUCAGGGCCUCUUUUGAAGCUAUAAAGCUCAGCAACUGUGACGUAGAGUAAGAAUGGCAACGGAUGAAUGUGAUAGAUGCUUGAUUGUGCAAUUUGAUUUUUUGAGGUUGCAUCAUACCCUGAUAAAAAUAUACACGCGUGACCGCUGUGUAUCAUAGGCCCACUUUCCUGCAGUCCGAUGGACCUAAACUUGGUCUUUAGCCCAGGGGAGAAUCGGCUUCAGUUCUGUUAGAGCGGCUCAGUGGAUGGCAUUCCAGACAUUCCAUUUGGUUAGGAAGCUCCCGGCCAUUUGUCUCCUGGUUUUCUCUGGGGUCAUGCCUGAGCUCUGCUCAUCAUUGGCGCUCCUGUGCACCGGCCCCCACCUUCUCUGCGUGCCUGGGCCCUUUCCUUGCUCUCUCUGCCCCAGCCACCACCCCUCGCCUGCUGCUUUCUGGGUGUACAUUGGUCAGAAUUCAGUGAGCUGUCACUUAAGAUGUAUGCAUGUGGGUUAAAUUCUAUCUCAAAGUGCUGACUACAUUCAGGAGAAAAAAAAACAACAACAACCCUUCCUGUCCACCCUGCUCCCCUUCAUUACACGCAUUUUGAUUGUAAACUCCCGACAGGCAGAAACUAUUAUUUUUCUUUACAUACCAGUAUCUAGAAUAAGAUCUGCUAUGCAGAAAAGGCUUAGAGGUUUAAAUAGAAUUACGUUUUCAUCAUACGUUUUUUCAGGAUAGUGUCACAUUUUAACUUGGUAACAGUGGUAGCUGUGGAAAUAUGAUUUGAGUUUGCUUCCUUGGUCUUUCAACUCUCUGUCAUACAGACAUACCCAAUUUGCAAGGUAAAAUGUGUCAAUUUGAAGAAAGAGGAACUAACUGAAUCACUGUUACGUAGAACGGAUUUUGCCAGAAUUUGUGGUUAGCAAGAAAGUGAUGUGUUCCGGGUGGGGGAAUUCUGUUUUGGUAUUAUUUUUUCCUUCCUAAGAAAAAGACAUCACAAACAGAGAUGUUUUGCCCACGCUGCUUGCUGGGGGGAGCCUGGAGUUACUUGCCAGCGCCCCAGGUCAGCGAGUGGAGGGACCCACACCCCAGUCGAAUGCAGAUGCCGCAGGGGAACCCGCUGCUGCUUUCGUACACCCUGCAGGAGUUGCUGGCCAGGGACACCGUGCAGGUGGAGCUCAUUCCCGAGAAGAAGGGCCUCUUCCUAAAGCAUGUGGAAUACGAGGUUUCCAGCCAGCGCUUCAGGUCCUCCGUGUACAGACGGUACAACGACUUCGUGGUUUUCCAUGAGAUGCUGCUGCAGAAGUUCCCCUACCGCAUGGUGCCAGCCCUUCCGCCCAAGAGAGUGCUGGGAGCCGACCGCGAGUUCAUUGAGGCCCGGCGCAGGGCCCUGAGGCGCUUCAUUAACCUGGUGGCCCGGCACCCCCCGUUCUCCGAGGACGUGGCCCUCCGGCUCUUCCUGUCCUUCAGUGGCCCGGACGUGCAGAACAAGUUGAAGGAGUCGGCUCAGUGUGUUGGAGACGAGUUCAUGAGCUGCAAGUUGGCUCCUCGGGCCAAGGACUUCCUCCCAGCCGACAUCCAGACUCAGUUCGCUGUCAGCCGGGAGCUCAUUCGAAACAUCUACAACAGCUUCCACAAGCUUCGCGACCGGGCCGAGCGGAUUGCGUCGAGGGCCAUCGACAAUGCUGCUGACCUCCUCAUCUUCGGGAAGGAGCUGAGUGCUUUAGGGUCUGAUACGACCCCGCUCCCCUCCUGGGCCACUCUGCACAGUAGCACGUGGGGGUCCCUGAAACAGGCACUGAAAGGCCUGUCCGUUGAAUUUGCACUGCUCGCCGACAAGGCCGCCCAGCAGGGCAAACAGGAAGAGAAUGACGUGGUGGAGAAGUUGAACCUCUUCCUGGAUUUGCUGCAGUCCUAUAAAGACCUGUGCGAGCGGCACGAGAAGGGCGUGCUGCACAAGCACCAGCGGGCCCUGCACAAGUACAGCCUGAUGAAGCGGCAGAUGAUGAGCGCCACUGUGCAGAGCCGGGAGCCCGACUCCGUGGAGCAGCUGGAAUCCCGCAUCGUGGAGCAGGAGAACGCGAUCCAGACGAUGGAGCUCCGGGGCUACUUCUCCCUGUACUGCCUCCACCAGGAGAUGCAGCUGGUCCACGUGUACCUGCCCCUCACCUCCCACAUCCUCGGUGCCUUUGUCAACUCUCAGAUCCAGGGGCACAAGGAGAUGAGCAAGGUGUGGAACGACCUGAAGCCCAAACUAAACUGCCUCUUCGCUGGACCCAGCGGCUCCCCGACUCCACCGAGGCUCCCGCAGGACGGCGUGUCUCCUCGCUAGUGCCAGACGCCUGGGGCGGGAGCUCCGGGCGGCCUCACUAAAACCUCUUUCCAAA